GCACAAUCUACUCCCCCACAACAUUGAUAUGAUGCACACUGAGAAAAAUGUCUUUGAUAACACGUAUGGAACAAUAACUGACCAAGAUGGAAAAACUAGAGAUAAUUAUAAAGCACGUUGUGACCUCCAGGACAUGGGGUUGAAGGCUGAUCUGCAUCCAAAACCAAGAUCAAGCAAUAACUCUAAGUUGCUGCCCAAAGCUUGUUAUCAAAUGACUGCAAAGGAGAAAGAUGCAUUUUUUAAGUCUCAAUCUGCAAUGAUUUUAUGUGAAAUGGAAAAGAUCUUCCCACCUUCAUUCUUCACUAUGGUGGUACAUCUUAUCAUGCAUUUGGCAGAAGAGGUAAAGCUUGGUGGGCCAGUUGCUUAUAAGUGGAUGUACCCCAUUGAACGGUUCCUCCUUACACUAAGGAAUUGUGUUUGUAAUAGAGCUCAUCUAGAGGGAUCAAUUGUAGAAGCUUAUUUGUCAAAUGAGUGUUUAACAUUCUGCUCAAGAUGUUUGGAGGGGGUUGAGACAAGAUUUAAUAGACCUUUACGUAAUGAUGAUAAAGAUAUAGGGAGCAUUCUAAUGAGGCAAGACAAGGAUUUUUUAAAGACACAACAUUGCUCACCUCGCCUAUCACAGUUUGAGAUUGACAAGCAUCAUUCCUUAACAUUUCAUGAAUGGUUUCGUGAUCAAGUUACAAGAAUGGAACAACAAGGUUAUGCUAUUUCUGAAAAAAUUAAGUGGCUUUCAAAAGGACCAAGUGAUGUUGCUCUGACCUAUUCUGGAUAUUUGGCUAGUAAAGUGUUUUACAUUGAGGAUGCAAGAGAAAAAGAUUGGCAAGUAGUCAAGCAAGUGAAGGUCAAAGGUGCCUUUGAUUUGGGAGAAGUGAUACCUAUUACAGAAGAUGAAGUUAAUGGAACAGACAUGGCAUCCACUUGGGUUAGGAGAGAUAUUGAGGAAGAGGGGAUUAUUGUGACACCAGAUAUGGAAGUUCAAAACUAUAAUGAUGAAGAAAUUGAUGAUUAAAUUUGAGUUUGUAGUACAAAGUGUAGUUAUUAGUUUCUCUAAUUUUGUUCUAUAAGUUAUUAUUUUGUGUAAUGUAUGACUAUAAUUUGAAAUAGGUUUAAUACCCUUUUUGGUCCCUCUAUUAUAGGAAAAAGCCCUUUUUCGGUUCCUGUACCGAAAAAAUCCCCUUUUUGGUCUUUACUGUUCACAAAUCCGGCCCCUUUUUAGUCAUUCCGUUAAAUUUUGGCUAAUGUGGCAAGUUAAUUAACGGAAACACUCAUU